UUAUCUUCAAUUGUUCUGAAAUACAAGACCUUUAAACCACUGUAGAUAUGGACAAAGAAGAAAGGAAGACUAUCAAUCAGGGUCAAGAAGAUGAAAUGGAGAUUUAUGGUUAUAAUUUGAGUCGCUGGAAGCUUGCCCUAGUUUCGUUAGGAGUGAUUUGCACUGGCGGGUUUCUCCUCCUCCUUCUGUAUUGGAUGCCCGAGUGGCGGGUGAAAGCAACUUGUAUCAGAGCUGCAAUUAAGGACUGUGAAGUGGUGCUGCUGAGGACUACUGAUGAAUUCAAAAUGUGGUUUUGUGCAAAAAUUCGCUUUCUUUCUCUGGAAAGUCAUCCAUUUUCAAAUAAAAAAUCUAUAGCUCAUAAGGUUGCAAAUGGCCAUGCAGUUCAUUUAAUUGAGAAUCCGACUGACGAGAAUAAGCAUGAGAUGAACAAAUAUUCACAGACUCAGUUACACCAGAUUCGCUAUUUCACCCACCAUAGUGUAAAAUAUUUCUGGAAUGAUACCAUUCACAAUUUUGAUUUCUUAAAGGGACUGGAUGAAGGUGUUUCUUGUACGUCAAUUUAUGAAAAGCAUAGUGCAGGACUGACAAAGGGGAUGCAUGCCUACAGAAAACUGCUUUAUGGAGUAAAUGAAAUUACUGUGAAAGUGCCUUCUGUUUUUAAGCUUUUAAUUAAAGAGGUUCUCAACCCAUUUUACAUUUUCCAGCUGUUCAGUGUUAUACUGUGGAGCACUGAUGAAUACUAUUACUAUGCUCUAGCUAUUGUGAUUAUGUCUAUAGUAUCAAUUGUAAGCUCAUUAUAUUCCAUUAGAAAGCAAUAUGUUAUGUUGCAUGAUAUGGUGGCAACUCACAGUACUGUGAGAGUUUCAGUUUGUAGAAUGAAUGAAGAAAUAGAAGAGAUCUUUUCUACUGACCUCGUCCCUGGAGAUAUCAUGGUCAUCCCAUUAAAUGGAACAAUAAUGCCUUGUGAUGCAGUACUUAUUAAUGGCACCUGCAUUGUAAAUGAAAGCAUGUUAACAGGAGAAAGUGUUCCAGUAACAAAGACUAAUUUACCAAAUCCCUCAGUGGAUGUAAAAGGAAUGGAAGAUGAAUUAUAUAAUCCAGAAACACAUAAACGGCACACUUUGUUUUGUGGGACAACUGUUAUUCAGACUCGUUUCUACACCGGAGAACUUGUCAAAGCCAUAGUGGUUAGAACAGGAUUUAGUACUUCCAAAGGACAGCUUGUUCGUUCCAUAUUGUAUCCCAAACCUACUGAUUUUAAACUCUACAGAGAUGCCUACUUGUUUCUUCUGUGUCUUGUGGCAGUGGCAGGCAUUGGGUUUAUCUAUGCUAUUAUCAAUAGCAUUUUAAAUAAGGUAGAAGUUGGGGUAAUAAUUAUCGAGUCUCUUGAUAUCAUUACAAUUACUGUUCCACCUGCACUUCCUGCUGCAAUGACUGCUGGUAUUGUGUAUGCUCAGAGAAGACUGAAAAAAAUUGGUAUUUUCUGUAUUAGUCCCCAAAGGAUAAAUAUCUGUGGACAGCUGAAUCUUGUUUGCUUUGAUAAGACUGGAACUCUUACUGAAGAUGGUUUAGAUCUUUGGGGGAUUCAACGAGUGGAAAAUACACGAUUUCUUUUACCAGAAGAAAAUGUUUGCAAUGAGAUGUUGGUCAAGUCCCAGUUUGUUGCAUGUAUGGCUACUUGCCAUUCACUUACAAAAAUUGAAGGAGUGCUUUCUGGUGACCCACUUGAUUUGAAAAUGUUUGAAGCCAUUGGAUGGAUUCUGGAAGAAGCAACUGAGGAAGAAACAGCACUUCAUAAUCGAAUCAUGCCCACAGUGGUUCGUCCUCCCAAACAACUGCUUCCUGAGUCUACCCCUGCAGGAAACCAAGAAAUGGAGCUGUUUGAACUUCCAGCUAUUUAUGAGAUAGGAAUUGUUCGCCAGUUUCCAUUUUCCUCUGCUUUGCAACGUAUGAGUGUGGUUGCAAGAGUGCUAGGAGAUAAGAAGAUGGAUGCCUACAUGAAAGGAGCACCGGAGGUGAUUGCCAGUCUUUGUAAACCUGAAACUGUUCCUGUUGAUUUUGAAAAGGUUUUGGAAGAUUUCACUAAACAAGGCUUUCGUGUGAUUGCUCUUGCACACAGAAAAUUGGAGUCAAAAUUGACAUGGCAUAAAGUACAGAAUAUUAGCAGAGAUGCCAUUGAAAACAACAUGGAUUUUAUGGGAUUAAUUAUAAUGCAGAACAAAUUAAAGCAAGAAACCCCUGCAGUACUUGAAGAUUUGCAUAAAGCCAAUAUUCGCACUGUCAUGGUCACAGGUGACAACAUGUUGACUGCUGUCUCUGUGGCCAGAGACUGUGGAAUGAUUCUACCUCAGGAUAAAGUUAUUAUUGCUGAAGCAUUGCCUCCAAAGGAUGGGAAGGUUGCCAAGAUAAAUUGGCAUUAUGCAGACUCCCUAACACAGUGCAGUAACUCAUCAGCGAUUGACUCGGAGGCUAUUCCCAUAAAAUUGGUCCAUGAUAGCUUAGAGGAUCUUCAGGUGACUCGUUAUCAUUUUGCAAUGAAUGGAAAGUCGUUUUCAGUGAUACUAGAGCAUUUUCAAGACCUUGUUCCUAAGUUGAUGUUGCAUGGCACUGUGUUUGCUCGUAUGGCACCUGAUCAGAAGACCCAGUUGGUAGAAGCAUUACAAAAUGUUGAUUACUUUGUUGGAAUGUGUGGUGACGGUGCAAAUGAUUGUGGUGCUUUGAAGAGGGCACAUGGAGGCAUUUCUUUAUCAGAACUAGAGGCUUCAGUGGCAUCUCCCUUUACCUCUAAAACUCCUAGUAUUUCUUGUGUGCCAAACCUUAUCAGGGAAGGCCGUGCUGCUUUAAUAACUUCCUUCUGUGUGUUUAAAUUUAUGGCAUUGUACAGCAUUAUCCAGUACUUCAGUGUUACUCUCCUGUAUUCUAUCUUAAGUAACCUAGGAGACUUCCAGUUUCUCUUCAUUGAUCUGGCAAUCAUUUUGGUAGUGGUAUUUACAAUGAGUUUAAAUCCUGCCUGGAAGGAACUUGUGGCACAGAGACCACCUUCAGGUCUUAUAUCUGGGGCCCUUCUCUUCUCCGUUUUGUCUCAGAUUAUCAUCUGCAUUGGAUUUCAAUCUUUGGGGUUUUUUUGGGUCAAGCAGCAACCUUGGUAUGAAGUGUGGCAUCCACAUUCAGAUGCUUGUAAUACAACAAGAAACCCGUAUUGGAAUUCUUCACACUUACACAACGAAACUGAACUUGAUGAACAUAAUAUACAGAAUUAUGAAAAUACCACAGUGUUUUUUAUUUCCAGUUUUCAGUACCUCAUAGUGGCAAUUGCCUUUUCAAAAGGAAGACCCUUCAGGCAACCUUGCUACAAGAAUUAUUUUUUUGUUUCAUCUGUGAUUAUCUUAUAUGUUUUCAUAUUAUUCAUCAUGUUGUAUCCAGUUGCCUCUGUUGACCAGGUUCUUCAGAUAGUAUGUGUACCAUAUCAGUGGCGUAUAACUAUGCUCAUCAUUGUUCUUGUCAAUGCCCUUGUAUCUAUCGUGGUAGAGAACUUCUUCCUUGACAUGAUCCUCUGGAAAAUUGUGUCCAAUCGAGACAAACAAGGAGAAUGUCGGUUCACCAGCACACAGCCACCACAGGAGUCAGUGGAUCGGUGGGGAAAGUGCUGUUUGUCCUGGGCCUUGGGCUGUAGGAAGAAGAUACCAAAGGCGAAGUAUAUGUACCUGGCACAGGAGCUCUUGGUUGAUCCAGAAUGGCCACCAAAACCUCAGACAACAACAGAAGCUAAAACGUUAGUUAGGGAGAAUGGAUCUUGUCAGAUCAUUACCAUAACGUAGCAGUCAGUCAGUCUUAGUGGUAUGCUGAUAGCAGUAUUCAGGAGGAUGUGAUUUUGGGGUUUUCUGAUCCUGUGUGUCAAGAUGGCACUAUUUCAAUUUAUGUCCCUUAUGAUAUAGUAGCUGAUUUGAGAGUUUUGUUUUUUUUUAAAACAAAACAGAAAAAGAAUUGGCCUAACAGUUAACAAUCAAUCUGUAAAUUCCUGUAUCUUCAUUCAGUAACCUAAAUAUUAUAUACAUUUCCAGAAUUUUCUUGAUUGUCACCCUCAGUGAUAUUCUUUAUAUUGGGGUACAUGAGAAAUUUGGUGUUAGGUAGGUUUUUAGACAUUAGCUUUUAAAACUUAUUUAUCCCUUUAAAUUUAUUUUUACAGCCUCCUUAUUAGAAAAAGUCUAUGUUUAUAUAUGGGCACUAAAUUUGUGUUUGACAAAAAUAAAUGAGUGUUAAUGAGCCUCUAGUGGAAGCAGGUUGAAAGCCUGUUUUCGUUUGAUCCCAUUUCUUCCAAAGAAUUCUAUAUUAACAUACUUUGAUGGCCUAGAGUUAGGAGUGAGUUUGUACAGUGUUGCUUAUAGAACAACUCAGGUAAUUUCCAUUUAUGGUUUUAUAUUUUCUGUACAAACUGCCUGGGUUUUAUUUUUCUAAUCAGCAAGGUGCUUCACUGCCUUCUUGAGAUGUCUCAAAGCUAUUAAAUGGAUCUUAUGCUACGACGUGUGGUGUCUAAUUAGUCUAGUUUGCUUCAGUUAAAUGUUGUGGAACCUUUUCCACUAGGAAAUAAAGGUUUUCUUUUGGCAUAGAUGUAGAGUCAUCUUUCUAAUAUUUCUUCAAACCUGUUUUCCCUUCAGGCUUCCUCUUAUUUUAAAUAUUAAAAAAAAUUUUUUCUACAUUUUUAAUUACCUAAAGACAUAGAAUAAUAGUGAGGUAGUUGGGUUUUUUUGUUUGUUUGUUUUGUAAGAAUUUUACCUCAUUAGAAUUUUGACGGUUUGGUAUACGUCUGUCCUAUCAAUAAUAAGGCUUAACAAAUACUGGAUUUGAAUGAUUGCUGUUUUUUUCCAAAACAGUAUGAACUUGGUGAGAGUUUGUUUUAUGCCAUUAGGUGGCACCAGAGGUCAGAGAAUAUCUGUUUUGGCUCGGACAGUUACAAAUGAGCAUAUAUGUGGAAAUCUGUGGAAGAGAAAAAAUUGAGGAAAUAAAGUUUUAAAAAGUCUACAUUCAUUGAGCCAAAAAAAAAAAGGGGAAAAUAUUUCUCAGCCUUCUGUUUUGCUGAUUGAUGUUUAAAUUCUUACCAAAAUUAAAGUAGCUUUGAAAAUGCCUUUAUAGGUAGGAUCCAACAGUUUGGCCAUGUCCACCAUUACAAUAAACAGAAAAGUGGUACUGCUGUACGAUGGACUCUAGACUCAUAAAACAGUGUCACAUUAUCCUGUGUUCUUCCUUAAUCAGUAGGAUGCUUGUGCUUUCUGAACUUACUAGCUGGUCAUUACUUUUAUGAUAUAUAUUUGCCAGUUUACCAAAUUUUAUCUGGAAUUGUAGGACCAAAUGGUUCUUAACUCGUGCUGCAAAAGACCUGAAUGAUGUAUAGUAACUGUAGACAAAUGUAAGUUACACUCAGGAUCACUGUUGUUGCUGUUGGCACUGUUGAUUCUUGCAAAAAUAUAAUCAGAGUUUUCCAUCAAAAUGUAUAAUAUGAUAUUAAUCCACAUUAGAUGAUAAGAACAAUUGUUCCAUGAAUGGUUCUAUGAAGCUAUGCAUCUUAGACCUCUUGAGCUGUGAAUUCGCACUAUUUUCUAUAACUACUUGUUAUCUUGAUCAUUUUAUAAUUUCCGUAUUCAUUUCAAAUAUGCUCAAAUAUGUUAUUCUUUAGUGAUUUCCAGAAUUGUACAUUUUAUCCUUUGGUUUAAGUACUGAAGCAUAUAAUUAAAAUAAAGUAGCAGGUUAAAAAUUCAGUUAUCAUAUUGUAGUUAACAUCUUUAAGAGCAUGAUCAUAAAGAGUUAUUUUUUAUAUUCCCCCCAUUUUAACAUUUAAAAUUAAUGAGUUUUUUAUAUCUCAUCUGCCCAUACUGUUUUCAAAGGAAUGAGGUUUUUAGGUAGAUGGAAGGGGAUUGUAGAAAGUUUAGAUUUGAACAUAACAACAAGGGGGUUAUUCAAGUUGAGAAUGUUCUUUGAAGAAUGUCUGUGAAUCUAGGUAUGGGUCCUCCUCAGUGCCAUAGACAGGUAGACUGAGAUUUUUCUCUGUAGGUCACCAUUACAUAGUAAGUUUGAUUCUGAAUUUCACAUUAAAUUAUUUGAGCUUAUACAGACCUAAAUUUUAAAAUCUGUACAUAUAUUAUUUUGAUGUAUUAAGAUGAAUAAAUAUUGCUGAUUUAAAUUUUAUUUAUGCACAUACUUAAAGGACAGAAAUGUCUGGGGAAAGUAAUUGUUAAAUAAUGAUAUGUAACUUUUUAACUUUUUAAAUAAAUAAGAUUUUUAAUGUGUGUCUCCCUCAGGGUUGUUUAAAGUUUUUUUCCUCCCUCAAGUAUAAAUAUAGUGGUAACUAUGUAUGUUUUGUAUCUUCUAGCAACAACUGCUGUAAAGCAAUGCUGCAAAUAAUGCUUGAAUAAAAGUGGCUAAGCCAACAACAAAAUACUUUUUAUAGUAGUUUUAUAAUCCUUAAAUUCGAAAGCUUUCCAAAUUGCACUUGCAUUUAAACAAAGCUGUUGCAGUUUUUACUGUAUUUAUUUUGUUUCCCAUGUUUAUGAAAGAACUGCACAGUUUCGAAGGCAUGGUAAAUAAUAUCAGUGUUUAUGUAGUCUGUUCCAAAAACAGCUAUAGAUAACAUCCAGUGAAAAGCAAAAAUUCAAGCUUUAGAAAACAUCUUAAUAUUUCAUGCAUGCAAUUUUGACAUAUCUCAAAAUAGGUUUUUGUAUAUUUAUGGUGGGAAGUGGUUGGGAGCUUUUAACAAAAUGGGGUGUUAAUUUUUGUACAGUCUCGGCAUUUACACAUAUUUUUAAUGUAUUAAAUUUGGUAAUUAUGUGUACAUUAAAUUAAUAAAUAGUUACUUCCUAUUAUGAUUUGUGAAUUCCCUAAGACGUUGAAUUUUUUUUAAAGUAACUUUAUAUUAGAAAUGAAACUGCAUCUUUAUAUUUUUAAAAUCGUAUUGCUGCUCAAGAAUGGUACCCUGUUGUCAAAAAGGCAUACGUUCAUAAUUGUACAUUCAGCAUUGUAAAUAAUGAAAUCUUUUUUGAUCGAAGCUAUUCAAAAUAAAAAUCUAAAUGAAUGAAAUAA